UUCAGCAAUUUUGACACAGACUUUCCCCACUUCGAAACAAACAUAUCCCAACUCUCAUUCAAGGUAUAAGCUUUAUAAAAAUGUCUUCGCCCAGAACGGAAGAUGGCAAUGCCAACGACAUGGUGCCAAGCAGUGAUUCAGAGCGGGAAAUUGAGGAUCUGGCCCUGCUGAAACUGGUUCUCAGGAAGCUGAAUGUCAAUGAUCAGACUCUGCUCCACCGCCAUGUUGGCCAAAUUCCGGAUGCCCUUCACAUGCUGUGGAGGCUGCAGCAUCCACGGCUGAACUUCGAGUUCAUGCAACGGAAACUGCGUAGAUCCGACUUGGAGCUGUUUCUACAGGAAAUGAUCGGAGAUAUUCCCAGCAUUAAGUUCCGCAGUGAGCACUUGCAGGAAGAGCUGAACAUCCUGGAAAGGGCUAAUAUUGGACGUCUGCUCCACGUGAAAUGUUGUGCUAUCACCUGGGAUAAUUCGCCGAGCAAAAGGAAAACCAAAUUCCCUUCUUGGCCACUUCUCGCCCUACCACGACUGAUGAGCAACCUGACAGAUCUGGAUAUAUACUGCCCGGUCCAGGACUGCUUCAUUGACCAGUUUGGCAAAUUGGAAGCCUUGACGAUCGUGGGGGAGAUUUCUACACCAGCUAUGGAGGCCAUCUACUUGAGUGGCGCACCACUGAAGUCUUUGGAUCUGCCGGGUCCUCAUACAUAUCCAAUACGGGGAAUCUCAAACUGCAAACAUCUGUGCAAUUUAUUGGUGCACCUUGACACAUUUUUGGCCGGGCAAAGUGAAAUUCUUCAGCUGCCACGGCUUGCGGAGCUGAGAAUCACCGAGAUUCGAGAAAACAAGGACAUAACGAAAGCCCUAUCUAAUGUGGUGCAGGAAAAAGGCAAUGAGCUCGUGGGCAUUAAAAUUGAUUGCAGCUUUGCAGAUCAUGCGAAAUGCCUAAGUGUGUUGGCGCUAGAUCGCUGUAUGAACCUGACUGCUCUGGAGUUGUCCAAUUGCAUCUUCGAGUACCAGGACAUGGCCGAGUUGUGUCUGCCCGUUUGCAUAACCUAUGCUCAAUUCGCCAACUGCCCAGAUCUCACUGAUGAACAGCUUUUGGACUUCAUCAAGGCUAACACAAAACUGGAGGAGCUGAUCCUCGAUCAGUGCCCAGAACUGACGGAAAAUCUUCUUCAUGGUGUUCUGAAAGUGCGCAGCAGUGGUAAUAAACAGGUGCGCUUGUUACUCAGUAUCGGGAAAAGUCCUGAUCUUUGGGAUUCAUAUCAACAGAACUUGAGUUAUUGGGCUCGAAAGGAAUCUAUUCUCAAAAUGGAAAGCGUUCAAAGCCACUACUUGGAUGAUAUUGUCAUGCACUUUGAAAUAACUAAAGAUAUUCCUGAAAAUUAAUAGCGUACUUUAGGUGUAAUUUCAAAUGGCUUUGUAAGGCUUUUUUAGAACUCUUUUACAAGUCUAAUAAACACUUCUAUCGCGGCAGCCAAAUCCAAAGA